AUGAGUAUGGAAGAGACAAAGGAGGGGAUUCAGCGAAGUGAGAGAUUGAUGGAUGCUUUUCGGGAGGGUAUGCAUGAUUGUGGGGUGAAGGAUUUGGGCUACAAGGGAAGCAGAUUCACAUGGCAGAGGGGCAAUUCUCCAUCUACUCUUAUUCGAGAAAGACUUGAUUGUAUGUUAGCUGAUGAUGACUGGUGUGAUUUGUUUCUAUCAUGGGAAGUUGUGCAUCUCCCGAGAUAUAGUUCUGACCAUGCACCUUUACUCUUGAAGACAAGGAUAAAUGAUAACUUUAGGCGGGGUAACCAAUUAUUUAAGUUCGAGGCAAUGUGGCUUUUGAGUGAGGAUUGUGGAAAGGUUGUGGAGUAG